CUGGCUGACUGUGCUUAAGUCUCCCCUGCAACCUCUCCCUGUACCCUUUUGUCCCCCUCUCUCCCUGCACCAUGGCGCCUAACUCAGGUGCCAGCUGUCUGCUGCUGCUGCUACUGAACUGCCUCCCCCUCGUGCUGGGGGACCCCAUGUACUCCGUAAUCACCCCCAACAUCCUGAGGCUGGAGAAUGAGGAGCUGGUGGUGCUGGAGGCCCAUGACGCCAACGGGGACGUUCCCGUCACACUCAGCAUCUAUGACUUCCCCGGCAAAAAGCAAGUGCUGUUUAGUGAGAAAACCGUGCUGACCCAGGCCAACGACCACCUGAGCGCCAUAUCUGUGAAGCUCCCAGUGAGUGAUGAGCUGACCAAAGGGAAGGAGCAGAAGUUUGUGCUGGUCCAGGCAAGCUUCGCCAAGAAGGACGUGGAGAAACUGGUGCUGGUCAGCCUUCAGAGCGGGUACCUCUUCAUCCAGACAGACAAGACCAUCUACACCCCAGGCAGUACAGUCAACUAUCGGAUCUUCACCGUGGACCACAACCUGUUGCCAGUGAGCCGGUCUGUUGUCUACACCAUCCAGACCCCGGAUGGAGUUGCCGUUGAUGAGGGCUCCAAGUCUUCCACCGAUUAUGAAGGGAUGAUGCCCCUGUCGUGGAACAUUCCAGAGCUGGUCAAUAUGGGACAGUGGAAGAUCACCGCUUACUACAAGGAUUCACCCAAGAAGGUUUUCACCGCGGAGUUCGAGGUGAAGGAGUAUGUGUUGCCCAGUUUUGAGGUCCAAGUGGAGACUGAAGAGAAAUUCUACUACAUCAAUGACCCUAAUGACCUGGAGGUCACCAUCAAGGCCAGGUUCCUGUAUGGGAAGGAUGUGGAAGGAACCGCCUUUGUCAUCUUCGGCGUGCAGGACGACGACCAGAGAAUCUCACUGACCCAGUCCCUCUCCCGAGUUGUGAUUGAGGACGGCGUCGGGAAGGCCAGUCUCUCCCGGAAGGUCUUGCUGGACGGGGUGCAACCCUCGGAUGCCAACGCUCUGGUGGGAAAGUCCUUGUAUGUGUCAGUCACCGUCAUCCUGCAGUCAGGCAGCGACAUGGUGGAGGCAGAGAGUGACCGGAUCCCCAUCGUCGACUCCCCUUACAAGAUCCACUUCACCAAGACCCCCAAGUACUUCAAGCCUGCCAUGCCCUUUGACCUCAUGGUGUCCGUGACCAACCCUGACGGCUCCCCCGCGGUUCGCGUGCCCGUGGUGACAGAAGGAUUCAAUAACGUGCAGUCUAUCACUGGGGAAGACGGUGUGGCCAAGCUGAGCAUCAACACGCGCAAGACUCAGGACCCCCUGACCAUCACCGUGCGCACACAGAAGGACAGAAUCCCCAGGGAAAAGCAAGCGGUGAACACCAUGCACGCCCAGCCCUACAAGACCCAAGGCAACUCCAACAAUUACCUCCACCUCUCGGUGCCCCGCUUGGAGCUCCAGCCAGGGGAGAUGAUCAAUGUCAAUUUCCAUGUGCGCACGGACCCCGGCCUGGAAAACAGGAUAAAAUACUUCACCUACCUGGUCAUGAGCAAGGGGAAGCUGAUGAAGGUGGACCGGCAAGUGCGACAGGACGGCCAGGAUCUGGUGGUGCUGCAGAUGGAAAUCAAUAAAGACUUCAUCCCCUCCUUCCGCCUGGUGGCCUAUUACACCCUCAUUCGGGCCGACGGGAACAGGGAGGUGGUGGCUGAUUCCGUGUGGGUGGAUGUCAAGGACUCAUGCAUGGGCACCCUGGUGGUGACAAGUAGCAGGAGUGAGGACAAGCAGAAGGUGUAUGAGCCGCAGCAGCAGCUGAACCUCAAGAUAGAGGGAGAUAAAGGGGCCCGCGUGGGGCUGGUGGCCGUGGACAAGGGCGUGUUCGUGCUAAAUAAGAAGAACAAGUUCACUCAAAGCAAGAUCUGGGACAUCGUGGAGAAGGCGGACAUCGGCUGCACCCCCGGCAGCGGGAAGGACUAUGCGGGGGUCUUCGCGGAUGCAGGGCUGUCCCUCAAGACCGACAAAGGCCUCCAGACGACCCACAGGACAGAUCCCGAGUGCCCCAAAGUGGCCGCCCGCCGCCGGCGCUCCGUGCAGCUCAUGGAGAAGAGGACGGACAAAGCCGGCCAGUACAAGGACAAGGAGCUGCGGCGCUGCUGUGAGGACGGCAUGCGGGUGAACCCCAUGGGCCACAGCUGCGAGCGCCGCAUCAAAUACAUCCUGCAUGGCCGCAAGUGCUCGGACGCCUUCCUCGACUGCUGCCGCUACAUCACCCGCCUGCGCCAGGAGCUGGCGCGCCAGAGGCCCCUGGGCCUGGCCCGCAGCGACCUCGAUGAAGACAUAAUGCCAGAAGAGGAUAUCGUUUCUCGAUCCCAGUUCCCGGAGAGUUGGCUGUGGGUCAUAACUGAGAAGUUGGAGGGACCAGAGAAAAAUGGAGUCUCUACUAAGCUUAUGAACAUAUUUUUGAAAGAUUCCAUCACCACCUGGGAGAUACUGGCCGUGAGUCUGUCAAAAACUAAAGGGAUCUGCGUGGCUGACCCCUUUGAGGUCACCGUGAUGAAGAAGUUCUUCAUCGACCUACGGCUCCCCUACUCGGUGGUACGCAACGAGCAGGUGGAAAUUCGGGCCAUUCUUUACAACUACCAGCCAUCUGACUCACUCAAGGUAAGAGUGGAGCUGCUCUACAAUCCAGCCUUCUGCAGCAUGGCCACCGCCAAGAAGCGCCACCAACAGACCCUGGUUAUCCCGGCCGCAUCCUCGGUGGCUGUCCCUUUUGUCAUCGUGCCCUUGCAGAUUGGCCUCCAGGAGGUGGAAGUCAAAGCUGCUGUCUAUCACCACUUCAUUUCUGAUGGUGUCAGGAAGACCCUGAAGGUUGUGCCGGAAGGAAUCAGAGUCAACAGAACUGUGGCCGUUCGUACGCUGAAUCCGGAAAUCCUGGGCCAAAAUGGCGAGCAGAGAGAGGAGAUCCACGCCCUAGAUAUCAGCGAUCAAGUGCCAGAUACUGAUCUGGAGACCAGCAUCCUUCUACAAGGGAACCCCGUGGCCCAGAUGACGGAGGAUGCUAUCGACUCGGAGCGGCUGAAUCACCUCAUCGUCACUCCCUCUGGCUGCGGUGAGCAGAACAUGAUCGGCAUGACACCCACCGUCAUCGCUGUGUAUUACCUGGACAGCACGGAGCAGUGGGCCAAGUACCCUCUGGAGAAGCGGACGCAAACCGUAGAACUCAUCAAGAAAGGCUAUACCCAGCAGCUGACCUACAGACAGAAAAACUCAGCGUUUUCUGCCUUUCAGAGCCGACCUUCUAGCACCUGGCUGACCGCCUAUGUGGUCAAGGUCUUCUCUCUGGCCUCCAACCUCAUCCCCGUGGACGCCGAGGUCUUAUGCGGGGCUGUCAAAUGGCUGAUCCUGGAGAAGCAGAAGCCAGAUGGGGUUUUCCAGGAGGAUGCGCCCGUGAUACACCAAGAAAUGAUUGGUGGCCUCAAGAAUGAAGCGGAGAAAGACAUGUCCCUCACUGCCUUUGUUCUCAUCGCUCUAGUGGAAGCUAGGGACAUUUGUCAGGAACAGGUCAAUAGUUUGGAACAGAGCAUAAAUAAGGCAGGGAAUUUUCUGGAAGCCAACUACCUGAGGUUGAAGAGACCGUACAGCACGGCCAUUGCUGGCUACGCCUUGUCUCUCCUGGGCAAAUUGGAGGAUCCGUAUCUGACCAAAUUUCUGGACACGGCCACAGACAAGAACCGCUGGGAGGAGCCGGGCCAGAAGCUCUACAACGUGGAGGCCACGUCCUACGCGCUGCUGGCACUACUGGAAAUCAAGGACUUCGAUUCGGUGCCCCCCGUGGCGCGCUGGCUUAAUGAGCAGAGAUACUACGGGGGUGGCUACGGCUCCACCCAGGCCACCUUCAUGGUGUUCCAAGCCUUAGCCAGGUACCAGGAGCAGGUGGCUGACCACAAGGACCUGGACUUGGAUGUGGCCAUCAACCUGCCCAGCCGCAACUCCCAAAUAAAGCACCGCAUCGUCUGGGACUCUGCCAGUCUCCUGCGCUCCGCGGAGACGAAGAAAAAUGAGGAUUUUACUGUCACGGCCAAGGGCAAAGGCGAAGGGACCUUGUCGGUGGUCACGAUGUACCAUGCCAAGGUCAAGGACAAGGUCGCCUGUAAGAAUUUCGACCUCAGGAUUUCCGUCAGACCAGCCCCUCCUGGACUCAAGAAGCCCGAGGACGCUUUGAGCAGUCUGUCCCUCGACAUCUGCACCCGGUACCUGGGAGCUACGGAUGCAGCCAUGUCCAUCCUGGACAUAUCCAUGAUGACUGGCUUCUCUCCAGAUGUUGAUGACCUGAACCUGCUGAGCAAAGGCGUGGAUCGCUAUAUCUCCAAGUAUGAGCUGAACAAGGCGUUCUCCACCAAAAACACACUCAUCAUCUACCUGGACUCGAUCUCCCACUCUGAGGAGGAGUGUCUGACCUUCAGAAUCCACCAGUAUUUCAACGUGGGGCUCAUCCAGCCGGGGUCGGUCAAGGUUUACUCCUAUUACAACCUGGACGAAAGCUGCAUUCAGUUCUACCACCCUGAGAAGGGAGAUGGCUUGCUGAACAAGCUCUGUCACAAGGACAUUUGCCGCUGCGCUGAGGAGAAUUGCUUCAUGCAUCACGAGGUGGGCCAGGUCACCCCAGAUGACCGGCUGGAGAAGGCCUGCCAGCCCAGCGUGGACUAUGUGUACAAGGUCAACCUGCAGAAGGUGGAGAAUUCGGUGGACUUUAUUGAUUACAUCAUGGUCAUUAAGAUGAUCAUCAAGUCAGGUUCUGAUGAGGUUCAGGUGGGACAACAGCGCAGGUUCAUCAGUCACAUCCAGUGCCAGGAUACCCUGAAGCUGGAGCCAGGGAACGAUUACCUGGUGUGGGGCCUCUCCAGCGACCUGUGGGGCGGGAAGCCCAACAUCAAAUACAUCAUCGGGAAAGACACGUGGGUAGAGCUGUGGCCCAAGGAAGACGAUUGCCAGGAGGAGAAGAACGAGAAGCUAUGCGAGGAUCUGGCCUCCUUCACCAACAGCCUGAUGGUCUUUGGCUGCCCCAACUGAGCACGAGCCCCCUCAAUAAAUGCUUUCUUUCUACUC